GGCAAAAUUUACUGUUUGUCAGCUUAGUUUGGUCGUCACACGCGCGCGGCGCGGUCGUCUGUUCACUAUCGCCAUCUAUUAGACACUCGACUGAAACUCGUACCAACUCAUGUGCAUUUUAUAUAAUUCACGACAAAAUUUAUGAAAUAAAAUGUGUAAAAUACAGUGUCUGUUCGCUGUUUCCGCAUUUCUUAUCGGUCUCGUAAAUUCUUGGGACAUCGCAAUAACUUCAGGGGACCAAAUAGAAUUCUACACAAAUGAAACAAAAACAAGUGAAGCAGGCAUGCGAUUCAAGGACCUUUCAGCCCUGGCUUAUGACGCCGUCCACAACAUGCUGCUCUUCGUCGACAAACAGAGCGACAAUGCGUCUAUAUUCAGCUACCAGCUAGCCAACAAGAAGUACCAAUCCUUAGUCAAGAAAAGGUCUAACGAAAACAUACAAGGUCUAGCCUUUGAUCCCGUCAAAGGUCUUCUGUUCUGGACUGACGCGAAUGAGAGGAGCAUUUUCUGGGUUUCCCUGAAGGACCGCGCCAAUAACGACCCCUACGGGAAUCUGCUUCUGAAGAUGAACAGUGAUAUUCCAAGAGCGAUUGCUGUUGAUAGUUGUAGAGGGUACGUGUAUUGGACCAACAUGAAUAUCACAAGGCCUACAAUUGAAAGGGCUAGAUUCGACGGCACAGAUAGAACAGUGAUCGUAGACAAAAACAUCUACUCCCCUGUCAGUAUAGCCGUCGACCUGAAAACACAGAAACUAUAUUGGUUAGACGACAGAGAAGGGAUCCAUUACUCCAUUGAGACUUCAGAUUUGGAAGGCAAUAACCGAGAGACACUUUUGGUAGGAACGCACCAUAGGCCAAACGCAUUGACGAUAUCCAACAACGCGGUCUACUGGAUCGACUGGGGUUACAACACUGUUUGGACUAUACCGAAAAAUGCCCCCGAAAAUUCUGAGCCCAAAGAAAUUGUAAACUUUGUUGAUAGAUCACCUUUCGUCGGCAUUGUAGCUAAUUACACUAUCAGUGAUCAAAUUGAUGGGAUACAAGGAUGUGAUAACUUAGUAGAGAUGGCUAAAAACAAAUCUGUAAUCAGUGAUUUAAGCACGUUUAAGAUAUCGCCUGAUGAAGGAUUAUUCUGCCUUCAUGGAGAGAAACUGAAUGGGAAAGCUUGUAAAUGUUCACCCGGUUAUAAAGGCGAUCGGUGUGAUGUUUAUGUAUGUCACAAUCAUUGCUUUGAAGGAGAUUGCAGCAUAGGAGGCGAUGGUAACCCUCAAUGCAGGUGUAACAAAGGUUUCACCGGUGAGCGAUGUCAAUCAAACGUCUGCGAUAACCACUGUUUGAACAACGGCUACUGCUCCUUGGAUGAUAACGCUCAGCCGAUCUGCAACUGCCCAGGGGACUAUGAGGGCUCUAGAUGUGAGACGUUGAGACCCAUCUCCACUACGCAAGCGCCACUGAACUGCAAUUGCACAAAAGAGACAAACGCAGUGUUCCUAACUCCAUCCAGCGAGAUUCAUUAUGUAGACGUGACUGGCUGCGACUCGGCUUGGGACUCUGUCAGAGAUCCCGUCAUCAUGGCCCUGGGGGUCAUCUGUGGGCUGCUGUGCAUCACCAGCACGGUUCUGUGCACGAGGGUCAUGAAGCUGAAGAAACGCCCAAGGAUAAAGAAGCGCAUCAUAGUAAACAAGAACGUUACACCGAUGACGGCCCGGCCGGACCAGUGCGAAAUCACAAUCGAGAAUUGUUGCAACAUGAACAUCUGUGAAACUGAUUGUCUCGAACGCGCCAUGCUCAAUCAUUAUUAAGGGUCUAAGCAUCGUUUUAAACUAAGCCGUGUUUCGAACCCAGAUCGACAAUAAGGCCUACUCUACUAGACUCGAAGCCUGGGAAGGAGGAGAAGAAGAACCUUAUCAGCAACAUGGAGUAUCCCGAGGACUACUGAACGCCAUUCCGUUUUGAGGUUACUUUCAAAUGUGGACAAAAUUUGACUUGCCUUUCGUCGAUAGAUUGUAAAUUUAAUACCUCAAAAUAAAAUUGCAGUCAAUAACACGUCAAAGCCAACACAAGCGUUGCAUUUUUUGCAUUGUUACUAGAACAAUGCAAAAAAUGCAACGCUUGUGAUCCUAUUGGGUUGGUCUAUGGACUGCAGUAUAUACCUUGGGCAAAACGCUUGCUCAUUUGCCUAGUUACAAUACGCGCCACGAAAAAAGACAGCUAUCUAUAAUAUAUCUUUCAUAUAAGAGACCUAUCUCUAGUUUGCCUACGCAGUAUACGGUUUUACGGGCUAUUUUGCUAUUGGGUAGGCAAGCUAUAAAAACGUUAAGUUUCUUCUUUCGUUGCGCGGAUUUUAACUACCUUAUGCUACAAAGUAUUUAAUGAAAUUUAACCUCUAUUACAGCAGGAAAUAGACCCAUGCAGGGUUUGACAUGGAGUUGAUUGUACCUCGCAGCAUAUGCUAAAUUAAUUUUGAUAAAAUAAUUUGAAGUAACCUUGGAGGAAUUAGUAUCCAAAUUACCAAUUGUGAUAUUUGAUGUAGGAUAUCGUCGACCACAUAUUGUGGAGGCGAAGGGCUGUGUAAGUGAGAAAGAGAUAUGAUUGGAUAUCGUGGAUGAGUAGAUAGACGCUAAAAUUAACAUGGAUUGGUACGGAAUUGUCAAUGUGCCUUUUAAGAAUCUUUUUAAAGCAAUAGAUUAAUAAAACGCUAUGUGCUACGCUCCGUUUCUGCGCCAGUCGAAAAAUAGGACAAUGCUCAAAAAGUCUAUUGUUCGAAUAUAUAUCGCGGUUGCGGUCGAAAAUCUUUGGUCUUUUGAGAACAUGACAACAAGAUACUUAUGAAAUAAAACCGUUAAAAGCGACAUAUUUUCAAAACAAAACAGUAAUUUUCAAAAUCAAAAUCUUUUACCAGCCUAGCUAAGAAACGGAGUUUAGGAAAAAAUAUUUUUACUUAUGCUGUAACACAAAAUAUAACUUUAUAGUUGACACCUAACAUAUUUACAUAACAGACAUAGAUAAACUAACUAACACACAUACAAAAUAUGCGAUAAAUGUUAAAGAUUCCCAUUUUAAUGUGUGCUUUUUUGCUCAUAGUACCUAUGUAGUUACCAAACCAUGAUGAUUUUACCCAAAAUUGUAGUUAAUUAAUAGAUACCAUUUUUCGUUAAUUAUUUUAUUAAAUGUCCUAUUGCAUGACUUAUGGGGAAUGGCGAUGUAAUUAGAUAUUUUUAUUUAAAAAUAAUUUGAAUAAGUAACGAAAAAUAAUAUAAGAGCAUUUAUAAAAAAUAAUAACGUACUUAGAGGUUAUUAAAAAAAAUAAUAUUUAAUUUUACAUCCAUUGUGGUACAGACUCUGCGUUGAUUUUUAAUUUAUUGAUUUUGCGUUACGACUAGUUUUUUUUUAGUACGGUUAUAGUUACUUAAUAUUAGUUGUGGUCGAAAUUAUUUAUAUAGUUAACAACAUAGGUUUGUUACGAUUGAAAAACACAACUACCCAGAUAUACAACUUAAACAUUGCCUUGAAAAGUGUAAAAACACACUGAAUAAUUUUCUUCAUCACCGUUACUGUUCCUAUAAUUGUGUUCAAUUUUUAUUUUAUUUUUAUGUUCGAUCGAUAUAUUUGUCACUUUUUUUUUUUUACAAAAAAAAACAAGUAUCCCUACCAGUCGCGUUAAUUCAAUAAAGAUAUGUGGAAUAGAAGAGUUCACGGCGUUUAAAUUCUUUCCAUCUGUUUUUCAUUAGCUAUCUGCAAUUUCGUAGCAGUUACGAAAACAAUUACACUUUCAUCAGGCUGACUGGCACGCAGUCUGUCUGUAAUAAUCAUAAAUCCACAUAUCUAUGAGAAGUGACUAUGAGAAGAGGAAGGACCAUGGCCAUCGUAAUGAUACCUAUUGAUGUACUAUAUGUACUUAUCACUGCGUUCUUCCAAGUUUUUGUAAAAGACUAAGUAUACUUACAGUGAGUGAAUACCGUGGGUUGUAUGAAUGAACUAUAUAUUAAGGAUUAUGGCAAACGAUAACAUGCAUAAAUGCGGCGUUAGAAUUAGCAGUUUUCGUUUUUUUUUUUACAAUAUGUUACAAAAAUAUAUUCUUAUUUAAAACGUAUGUCUCGAUCCCAUGAUCGAAUUAAUAUCCAUAUAUUAAACAGUAAUAUAACACGCCUUAUUAUGACUAUAUAUAAAAAAGAAGGUAUUUCUGUAACAUAUUUCAUUCUACUUUUUCGUUAUUGAAUUCUAUGGUGCCUCGUUUUUACUGUUUUUUUAUGAAUUUAUUUUCCAACGAAAUAAAUGUAGGAUAAGAAACAAUUUGUUCCUAUUUGUAGUUAAUCGUUAAUUAAUUUAUGUAAAUUAACUUAAUCAAUGUUCAUUUAUAAUAUAUUUAUUUCUACAAAUCUGAGAGAGAAAGUUAGUUUAACAGAAAAAUGUAAUGAUGUAACAGUUUUUAUAGAAUCUCACUUAUAUACAACAAUUUCUACGCAUAAAUACAUACCACGAGUAUGUUGAUGCUCCGUAUUGUGGCGAAAAUUCAAAAUUUCCACUGUUUUUUUUUAUAUCAAACUUUGGUCUGAAGAAAACAAAUUGAGUAGGUACUUAUCUAGUAUAAUAAUGUCUGGUUUAUCAAUUUAUUUUUAAUUAGUUUAGUAGUACCUAUUGUAGAAGUUUGAGAUACGACAAAAACUUAAAAUAAGUUAUAUACUAAAAAUUGUGUCGUCAGCUACAAUGCGAAUGCAAUUUUGUUGAUUCGAAAUUUUAAAUGAAAAGAGGCACUUGUGAAAUUCAUCUUAUUUAUGUAGGGUUUUAAAACAUUUUUUUAAUCGCCGUGUUUUAGAUGGUGGUACAGUUAGAACUUUAUAGACAUUUACCUUUAUAGAAGUUAUAUGUAUUUAAAAUUUCCGCGCAUGUUUAGACCCAAAAAUAAGUCAUUUCAAAAAAAUGCACGAAGGAUAAAUUUACAGCAAGUCUGAAUAAAGCUCUGUUGAUUUAUUUAUUUUACUUAAUUGUUUAAAAAUAAUUUAAAAAAACGAUUGGCCAAAUGGAAAUACUUCCCGCUGUACAUCGAACGAUGUAUCGUAGUGAUUAAAAACCUAGCUAAUUUUUUCCAAUCUUGUGUUAUUAAAAUGUAAAUACAAUCAAUGUUUUGCUUUUCAUGCGAAUAAUCACUACGGUACGCCUAAAAAAUAGCGGAUGUAUGUCUUUAAAACAGUUAUGUAAAACUAAUUAUCACAGAAAUCAGUUGAACACGUUACUGUUUCACAAACUGCAAAAUAUAAUUAAUGAAAAUGUUUUCUGUCUGGUAAUCUUCUUUCAGUUUAAUGAAUAUUCCAGCCUAUAACAUCUGGGUACAAUCGUAGAACAUUAAAGAUCGUAAAACUGUAAUGCAUAUGCAUUACAGUUUUACCUUUUUUUUAUUCCAGUUUUUUUUUAUUCGAAUUGUAACUGGUCUACACUGGCGUUUCAAUUUCAUACAAUAAACGUGCACGCAUACGCAUUACGCCAUCUUCUUCUUUCGUUGAUUAAGUUACUUAAGUUGUGCACGGUGUGCAUACGGCUAUGUUGUCAGUAGGUCGCGCACGACAAUAAAAGUUUACGUUCAAAUUUAAAAUGUCAAGCGAACGGUACAAUACUUUAGAAGCAUUUGUUAUUAAGUUUUUAUCGUUAACAAAAAUAUUAGUCUUAUUAAAACACAUUGUCAGAAUCAGAAUGAAAAGUUACUGCCAAUUAGAAAAUGCAAUUUAUGCACAUGACAUAUUAAUAGCAGGAUAAUGCGACAAGAAAAUAUAUUUAAUUUAGAAAUAGUUUUAUAGUAACACUGAUUAUCCUAAAUUGCUUUUGAAUGUUUACCGUUAGUGUUAAAGAAUAUGUAAAGCAUCGCUUAAGUUGCUCCACAGCAUGAUCCAGAACACAAGUUUGGAUAACAUUUGUUGUCUUUUUUCUUUAAUAAAUUAUUACAAAAGUGUAACAAUGACAACAAGUGUUAUCACUGUUUCAAUUUUCACCGUUACUAAAGGUAACAUUCACAAUUGUUUUUAUACCAACGUAUACAUGGAUAUUUUUAAAAUGUUUCUAAAAUAACAUUUGUAACGUCAUGCUACAAAAAUGUGUCAGUUAAUUUUAUUUAAAAAAUUAAGUCCAGUAACCAUUAUUUUACGGAUGGGUUUAAAACCGCUUAGUUUAUUCAAACUGUCGACCAAAUACUUAGGAAGGUACUUAGCCAAGUAUACCUACAGACAAUACCGUUAGAUUUCUUUUUAGUUUUUUUUUAGUCUUAAUCGUGGAUUGAUAAUAUCCACAUCAGAAAUGUGAUAUUAUUGAGUCUUUAUAGAAUAGAGAGAAACAAUUUUAAUUAAAAAAAUAAAGUGCUUUGCCAAAUUA